AAUCAAGAGAUCAGUUUCUCCAAGUCAUUGUAUGAUAGUAUCUUGUUUUAAUAUUAAGAAUACAUUUUUUAUCAAAUGUAUUGUAUUGUAUUAUGUGUGUGCAAGCGCUGUCCAGCAGGUGGAGAAAUUGUGUUUUAACAACAAUCUCAAUUUCCAAACAAAGUAAGAAAAGCAGGCUGGCUUGGUUGUAGACGCCGGACAAUCAUGUUAAUAUUGCACUAAAUCUAAACUAGAUUGGCUAGGUUCAAUGUUCAGAAGUAGGCGCAUUUUGACAACUUUGGGGCAUUGGUUUCUUUCACCGGUGUGGAGAACUCAGCUGAUAAACAGGAUGUCCAGUUCUCCUUUCCCAAUGGCUGCUGUGUGUCAGAUGACGGCCACUCCAGAUAAAGCUGCAAACUUUUCUAUCUGUAAAAACCUGGUGGAAGAAGCCAAACAGAGAGGGGCCAGCAUGGUGUUUCUGCCUGAGGGGUUCGACUACAUCGGAUCAAAUCGAGAGGAAACUCUGUCGCUGUCUGAGAGCCUGGAGGGAGAAACAGUCUCAAGAUUCACCGAUAUGGCCAGGAGGUUGGAGAUGUGGCUGUCUCUUGGUGGGUUUCACGAACGAGGACCAAACUGGAAAACAGACAGGAGAAUUUAUAACAGUCACAUCAUAAUAAAUAAUAAAGGGGACAUAGUAACAGUGUACAGAAAAGCCCAUUUGUUUGAUGUGGAGCUGCCAGAAAAAGGAGUAUCCCUCAAAGAAAGUGCUUCUACUAUUCCUGGACCUUCACUCAUUGCACCAGUUCAAACUCCCAUUGGCAAGGUUGGAUUGGGCAUCUGCUAUGAUCUGCGAUUCCCUGAACUCUCAUUGGCUUUACAAAGACAAGGAGCAGAGAUUCUUACCUAUCCAUCUGCCUUCACUGUAGCAACAGGAGCAGCUCACUGGGAGAUCCUGCUUCGUGCUCGGGCCAUAGAGACGCAGUGCUUUGUCCUCGCUGCGGCUCAGGUGGGUCCACAUCACGACAAGCGUUCAUCAUACGGCCACGCUUUAGCGGUGGACCCCUGGGGAGAGGUGCUCGGGGACUGUGGAGGGGAGCAGCCAGGACUCAUCAUGGUGGAAAUUAAUCUGGAAAAACUUGAAAAUACUAGAAAAAACAUGCCAGUUCAAGAGCAUCGCAGAAAUACUGACUUUUACUACAGUCUGGAGAAGACAAAAGAACGGUGAAAAUAGUAUUAAUUUACAAUAGGUUUUUAACUAAUGACCAAAGAGAUGUGAACCGGAUUGCUGGUUAAUGAUUAUAUAAAAUUGCAUAAAAUGUGAGAAUUUUUUAUGCUGUUGACAGAAUGUGCUAAUCUUUGUUUGUGGCUUCUCAUUCAGCGGUAGUAAGUGCCUAUACUCCUGCAGAUGGCGCUAUUGAAUCAUUUUAGAAUAUAGCACCAGACCAGAAUUACUUUUAUUCUUUACCAAGGGGAUUUCUUUCUUUUUUUUUUUUUUGUUACAGACAUGCAGCCGACCAGCAGAAGAAUAGUGUUAUCAAAAAUUAAGUUAAAAUAUAAAAUAAUAUAAAUAAAAUAUCAGUAAGGCACUCUUGUUCAUUAUUUAAAUAACUGUAUACAUUUAAAUUUGGGGUCAUUAAAUGGAAAAGAUCCACAUGUAUUGAUUUAAUUAAUUAAUUAAAUUAAUAUAUAAUGCAUUAAGAAUAACAGAUAACAAAUGUAUUAAUUACAAGUAAAAUUAGUAGACUGUUAAGCACUAAAUGUCUGUGUGGAUUAAAAAAACUCUUCUUAUCUUGGCGAACAUCAAAAAAUGAUGUAAGCAUGAAAAUUGUUUCAAUUUAUUAUAACUAGACUGCACAAGCUCCAUAGCUUUCUAAAAUAACUGCUUACUAGAUCAUCAUAGAGAGCACA